UUCCAACGCAAAUAUUUUAGGUUAGAGAGCGGUGAACAAACAAACGAAUUAUUAGAGCUACAAAUUCUGAAAACAGUGCUGAAAAGUGUUUUCAGGCGCUACAUUUUUCAGCGCACAAUGGCUGACGAUGAAUACGACAGAAAAUUUGAGAAUCUCCAGCAGUAUAUCCCCUUUUUGGAGAGCAUGAUAGAACAGUUGAUGGACCCGAAGAGGAAAGACAAGGAACCACAAUUGACGAAAAUGGUAUCCUUGCAUGCGAUGAUUACGGAUAGGAAGAAAAAGUUAAAAAUGAAAACUUUAAUCAAAUGUGAAGAAGUAAUUGUAAAAUUAUAUGACAAAGCUAAAUCAAGUGGUAAACUUCAUUUAUCUCCAAGUCCACCUUCAGCGUUGACCAAAAAAAUACCAGAGGGUCAACCUUCUGGUAGUUGUAGUGAUAAUAAACCUAGAAUAGAGAUUCCAGAACAAUUGAAAGCGUUUCAAGAUUUACCAACGAGAAAACCGGUGUCUUUUUCUAUUACCAAACCAGUUAAAGUAAUAAAAGGAGCCUCUAGUAUCUUUAGUGAAAAUCAAAAUUUGGAAAUAAGAAGAAAUUCAAAUGAGAAAUCUGUAUCUAACACAGAAGAUAAAGAUACAAAACCAAGACGUGAAAAAAUACCAGAAGGGCAUUUGAAUCAACCUUCUGCUAGUUGUAGAAUAGAGAUUCCAAAAGAAUUGAAAAAGUCUACAAAUUUAACAAAGAGUGAAAAUAAGGUUAAACAUGUGUCUUUUUCUACUACUAAACCAGUUAAAAUGGCGAAWGAAACCACCCGUAGCGUUGGAAAUAAUCAAAUUUUGGAAAUGAGAAGAAAUUCUAAUGAGAAAUCAAGUCAUAUGAGUAACCAUAAGUUAGAUAAUACAAAACCAAAACAUGAGUCAAAUAGUAAAGAAGAGACAGUUAAGGCUAGUGAAGCAAAAACCGAAACGGUUUAUCAACGACUAACCGACAAAUACAAUCCUAAACCGAAAACACCUCUUCUACCAACUCCCCUCCUCAAUAAACCAGCAGUUGUACCGAGAAUACCUCUACUACCAAUUCCUCCACAUCCCUUCAUCUUGAAUAAUCCAGCGAUUGUACCUCAAAUCCUCCCUAGCAUUCCUUUACCCCAAAUUCUCUCUAAUGUUCUUUCUUUCAUUAAUUUGACCAACGAAAAAAUAGAUAAUCAAAAAACACUUCCACUACACAUUGGUGCUCCACCCAUCUUGAAUUUCAUUAACAACACGGUGAUUGAAAAUAAACCAAAUUUUUCUCUCAAUCUAUCAAAACCUGAGGUACAAGUAACCAACGAUGAACAAUUAGAAAAACCUAUAAACAACACAGAGCUUAAAGAGAAACUUAAUCAUUCUCUCAAUCAAGUUACCAAUGAUGAACAAGUAGAAAAACUUAUAAAAAAAAGAAAUCCUAACAAACAACAACGGACGCGUAUCAGACUCCUACUGAAACAACAGAACAAGAAUUCCUGUUGUGUAACUCCAACACCUCUAAAAGAUCUGAAGUUGGACAAUUCCCAAACAACUCCACAAAAUUCUAGGGACCCGAGGUUGGAGAAGAGUUGUAAUUCUUCAAUUCCAACUGAUCCUCCAYCAAUCUUGAAUUUCGUUAAUACAGASCUUAAAGAGAAACCUAAUUUUUCUCUCAAUCAACCAAAACCUGAGGCACAAGUUACCAAUAGUGAAGAAAUGGAAAAACCUAAGAAAAAAAAACGUCCUAACAGAAGGCAACGGAAGGUUAAUAGACUCCUACGGAAACAACAGAACGAGAAUUCCUGUUUUCCAGUUCUAACACCUCCAAAAGACCUGAAGUUGGACAAAAGUUGCAAUUCUCCAACACCUCCACAAGACUCGAGAUUGAACAAGAGUGACAAUUCUCCAACACCUCCAACAGUCUCUAGAGACCCAAGGUUGAACAAGAAUUCCGAUUUGUCACCUCCACAAGACUCUAGAGACCCGAAUUUGAACAAGAGUGACAAUUCUCCAACACCUCCAACAGUCUCUAGAGACCCAAGGUUGAACAAGAAUUCCGAUUUGUCACCUCCACAAGAUUCUAGAGACCCAAGGUUGAACAAGAAUUCCGAUUUGCCACCUCCACAAGACUCUAAAGACCCAAGGUUGAAUCGGAAUAUAGUAUAUGACCAGAAAGAAAAYACCUUGUAUGAACCAAAUGUUACGGACUCGAAACCUAGYACAAGUACAGUAAAAGAAAGUGAAGAUGUUGUUUCAAGUAGUGUCUCACCUUCUWUCGAGUGCAAAUGUAAAAUAAUUGAGAGUCUCAAAGAGGAAAAUGYCGGAGUUGGUGAAAUAUCCUCAACCAAUGACAUUCAAGAAAACCACUCAAAACCUGAAGAUGAGACCGAGAUUAUUAAUAAAUUCUUGAUGAAACAUUUAGAGRAUGAACGCACUCGAAGCAUUACAUCAACUUUUAUCAAAAAUUUGACUAAAACGAUCGGUGACGAGCAAUUAAAAAUGGUAGUGGAGAAAGUUAAUACGUWUCGUGCAGAAGAAGAAGAAAAACGUCGAUUAAAAAAGAGAAAAAUUAAACAAAAAAGAAUAUUGUUGAGGAGGCGAAAGAGGAGAGAAAUGCUUAUGAAGAUUCGCAAAAGGGAAGAGAAGAAGAAAGAGGAAGAAUUAGUCGCUGUGAAGAAGAAGAAGAAAUCUAAAUCCAAAUCCGAACUCGAUUUGCUUCACGAAGACAUCAAUGGGAUGUUUAUAAGAGAUGAAAUUAUGCGAGCGACUGGUCCAAGAAGUUGUCGAUUGACGAAAAACGCACCACAACCUGAAACUGUCGAUGAAAAGAGUAAAAUUGCGCUGAAAAAUACACCACAACCUGAGACUGUCGAUAAAAAAAGCAAAAUUGCGCUGAAAAUUACACCACAACCUGAGGCUGCCGAUGAAAAAAGCAACAUUGCGCUGAAAAAUACACCACAACCUGGGACUAUCGAUAAAAAAAGCAAAAUUACGCUGAAAAAUGCUCCACAACCUAAGACUAUCGAUGAAAAAAGCAAAAUUGCGCUAAAAAAUUCACCACAACCUGAAAAAUGCAAUUUUGAUUCUAAAAUUAGUUCAGAAGAAUUGAAAGAAAUGAUAAAUGUUAGAGUGCUUCUACCUAAAAUUUCGGUUAAACUUGACAACAAAACCGUCAGUGGUGAAGAGAAAGAAAAGUCAAGUGAACGAAAACGGGCAAAAUCUCCUGAUGUUGUUCCGAAAGCGAAACGUCGAAAAAUUGAAGAAGAGAAAAUCACCAAACAAACGGAAUUUACCGAACCCGAUAAGGAUUACUUUUGUUCGCAAUCUGUUAACUUCAAGUUGGCUUGCAAGCUUUGUGAUUUCUUUGGGAAUAAUAUAACUAGACAUUAUCGCAUUAAACAUCCCGAAUCGGAAGUUUUAUCAUCGAGAUUACGACCWGAUAAGGCCAAACAAGCGAUAAAAGACUCACUUGAAUUCAAAUUGGACGAAACUGAAGAAGUGACUGUUGCUUCGUCACGACUWUAUGCUUUUAAAUGUCGUUUCUGUGACGUUGAAAUGCAAACAACACAYUCAAAUUUUUUCGAUCAUAUUUCAACCCAUACAGGAGAAUACCGACAUUUGUGCACUUUGUGCUCGUUUUCUGUGAGCACACGAAGGGCUCUAAGAAAUCACUGUGAGAAGAAUCACAAGAAAAACUAUUAUCCGAGUGUAGUUUGGAUUAGGUCAAGAAUCUAUGGUUAUAUUUGUCUCGAGUGUAAUUUUGUUCAAACAAAUCGAAAGACUGUUGAAAAUCACGUCAAUGUUUAUCAUUUAGAAGAAGGCAAGAAGAUAAUGAAGAUACACUUAUCGACGUAUGAUGAUACUGCUGUUAGGUUGAAGAAUGAGGCUGAAGGAAGAAUCCAAAUUCUUGAUGAAGAUAGCGACAAGACAGUUAGUGAGGAAAAUAUGCUAGUUGAAGAAGAGAAGACUGAAGAACCGCAACCCAAACCAACGGAAACGGAAAAGACACCACUUUGUGAAGACAGUGGGAUGAAAAGUGUGAUUGAAGAACCGCAAUCUAAACGAAAGAAAACUGAAUUGCUGGACGACAAGAAAGAAUCACAAUCCAAACCAGAACCUUUAAAAAUAAUAGAAUCACCAAAAACUGUAAUGGGGAAGCUUCAAGGUGAAGAACAGAAAGAUAUUGAGAUUGAAGAACCGCAAACUGAAGAAAUGAGCAAUCGGAUGCUUGACAACAAGAACGACGAUUCGGAUUCGGAUGUUGUUUUCGAGAAUGAACCUGAAUUACAAUCUUUACCAAAGACUACAAAUAUUGAAGAACAGAAAGAUGAGACCCAAGAACUUCAGUCUAAAGGACUGAAAAUAGAAGAAACUGAAGAUUCAGAUUCGGAUGUUAUUUUUAUCGAGAGUGAACCAGAACCUUUAAAAAUAACUAUAAUGGAGAAGCUUCAAGGUGAAGAACAGAAAGAUAUUGAGAUUGAAGAAUCGCAAUCUGAACGACUGGAAGAAAGUGAAGAAAUGAGCAAGCUUGACAAUAAAGAAGAUUCGGAUUCGGAUGUUGUUAUAGAAUCACCAAAGACUAUAAAUGUUGAAGAAGAGGAAGAUGAGAUCCACGAACCUCAAUCUAAACGAAUGAAAACAGAAAUAAGUGAAGAUUCAAAUUCGGAUGUUAUUUUUGUCAAGAGUGAACCUUUACAAGUUAUAGAAUCACCAAACGUUGUGAAGCUUCACAAGGAAGGUCCACCUGCGUUGUCUCCUCUUGUAGAGACAAAACCAAAUCAUUGGAUUUAUAGCAUCAUCCGUGCUGGAUUUUUAAACAUUAAUAAAUACGAAGAUGGGCUUGAGUAUGUCUGUAGAGUCCCUUCGUGUCUCUUUUCAACUCGAGUUCGCGACAGGUUUGUGUCCCAUUGGGACGAAGAUCAUACUCGAAUCAAUGGUUGUUAUAAAAUGACCAAAUGUAAGAUCUGUCAAGUUGAUAUCAAAGCAACACUUGAUUCACCUCUUUUGACCACUUUUUUCACACAUGUUGAAACUAAACACUUGGAAGCAGAAAGCUCACCUCCCGUUUUACGUAUCCGUCGCUUAAGCGGUGAUAAACUCUCAAGAAAGGAAGAGGAAGAAACUGAAGAGGAGAAUCCUUUCGGGAUUAAAAUUGCCGGUAUUGUGUCACUCGCCGAAAACGAGAAACGUUCAAAAGAAGAAGAAAAAAUGGAACGUGUGGUCCUUAAAGAAUUCAAAUUGUCACAAAUUGAGAAAGCAACAAAAUGGAAGUCAAAAGAAGCAAUGAAAACAUUUUUGGAAUGUCCAGAAGCACUAUACAAAUGUCCACAAUUCUUUUGCAAGUUUGCAACAAGUCGAAGACGAUUGUUUGAUGACCAUAUUACAAUGCACUUAUCUUCGAAAGAACAACUUCUGUGUUGUGUCUAUUGCGAUGUUAAAACACCUCUAAACCAAGCAAGUCUCCAUAUUGGUUUAAGACACUCGAAUUGUCUCUAUUCGUGUUCAAAAUGCUUAUAUCGUGCCCUAAAACCCGAGUAUGUGAUGGUACACAUGAAAAAUAAACAUCCUAACGAUGAUAACAUAGUUGCCCUAUCACCAAAACAAUCAAUGGUUAAUGCAAACAAUAAACAAAAGAAAUUUUCGGUGAAAAAAGCAUGUCCUCCUUAUAAAUGCGGUUCUGAAGGUUGUACAUCGGAGUUUUUUUUUAUUGAUGAGUACUGUGACCAUGUCAUUAAGAGUCAUGAGGGUUUGAUGACUUGUGGUUAUGAAACCGAUAAAAUGAAGAGUGUUUUCAAGUGUGCAUCGGUUGAAAGUUUGAUUGAUCAUUACAAGUCACACAAGUGUUACCCUUUGCAUUGUCUUUUGUGUAAAGGAGGUAGUGAUGAAUUGUAUGGUAUCCUCGAGCACUACUCCUUGCGUCACCCUAAUAAAAAUCCAGAGGUGGUUGAUCGAAGAAAUAGCCCCAAAGAGGCAAAAGAGGGACUUUACUACUACUACAAUGAUGAAGCUGUUGAGAAAGUGAGGCGUGUCUCAGUUGAUGAAAUUUUAUCAACUGUUGAAGGGAGACAGUUCAAGGUGGUACCAAUAGACCACCCAAAAAAGAAGGUUGAUGGUGGAGAGUCCAGUGUGGUACCACUGGACAACCCCAAAAGUCUGAACGAAGGUUCAGAUGUUGAAAGUUUGGGUUUAACAGGACGCCAACUGUACCGUUGUGCCUUUUGCAAUUCAUCAUUUUCGAACGAUUUCGGUUUUACAUUACAUUUUCAACAAUCGAAAAAGUGCAAGAAAAUCAAACCGUUGGAAUGUGUGCAUUGUGAGGGGAAAUUUCCAAGUGUCACGUCAUUAGAUCAACAUAUUCAGUAYCAUGGCAAAUUGAGAUUUCGAUGUUCACUUUGUAUAAAUCGCUUUCCUUGGUUGCAUCAGUUGAAGUUGCAUUUGAAAGUUCAGCAUAAUGUGCGUAAUUCGAGGACAAUUCCAGUAAUCCCCAAUAAGACUAAUUUCGAAAAGGAUGAGUUUGUUCUAAAACAGGUGUCUAACGAUGGACCAGAAAAUGUUUAUCAGCCUUAUCAAAUCGACGAUUUGCUACACGAUUCUACCUCUAGUUCGGAGUUUAAGUGCGCUGUGUGUGACCACACUACCAAAGCCAAGGCUAGUCUAGUGCGACAUUUGCAAUCACAUACAGAGACAACACUGGGAAAUUGACUUGUCUCGAGCAAAAUGUUUAAUUUCUUGGCGACUUUCUAAGCCUAGUUGAAUUUUCCUUUUAAUAAAACUGCAUUAUGUACCAAAAAAUAAUUAUUUAAAGCACUUAAUCUAGGUCAACGGUGUUGUGAUCCUAGAUUUUUUAGAUGAAAAACCAAUAGUUUUUAAUAAUUAUAAUUACGGGACAAGAAAUCAUGUCAUCAAUUUCAAAAGUUUCAGUUGAUGUCGKUAAUGUAGAUUUCCUUUUUUACAACUCAGCAAUUGUCAGUUGUCAUUCCUUAAUGACCUGUUUURUUUCCUUAUUGUGCGAUAUAAUUAUAAKAUGUAAUAUAAUACAGUAUAAUUUCUUGUAUAUCACAAUUAUGUCUCAUAAAAAAUUGCACUAGUUACAAAUAACAAUAAACAUAACCUUUAAAACAACUUGCACCCACCUAAAUACGGGGGCUGCUUAUAAAAUAUUU